UGAUAAACCUUAUAAAUGUGAUGUUUGUGAGAAAGCAUUCAGCCAGACAAAUCACUUACAGACACACAUGAGAACACAUACAUGUGAUAAACCUUAUCAAUUUGAUGCACAUUCUGGUGAUAAAUCUUUUGAAUGUGAUGUGUGUGGGAAGGCAUUCAACAAUUCAGGGAACUUACUGAAACACAUGAGGACACAUACAGGAGACAAACCUUAUAAAUGUGAUGUGUGUGGGAAGGCAUUCAGCCAGUCACAACACUUACAGAAGCACAUGAGAACACAUACGGGUGAUAAACCGUAUACUGUAAAUGUAUUAUAUUUGGCGUGUAGAAUAUUUGGCGGAAAUUGGAUUUUCAAGAAGUUGGCGUAUUACAGUAAAUGUGGGGUUUGUGAAAAGUUAUUCUCCCGGAAAGAUAACUUACAAGGACACAUGAGAAUACAUACAGGUGAUGAACCUUACAAAUGUGAUGUAUGUGAGAGGGCCUUCAAAUAUGCCACUGAUUUAAAAAGACACAAGAUGACACAUACUGGAAAUAAACCUUAUAAAUGUGAUUUCUGUCUAAGCGCAUAUUGUAAAAAGUCAGAUCUAGACAAACACCGGAAGAUACACACGUGUUAUUAACAUGUUAAAUGUGUGUAGUAAAUCGUUCAACUGAUCUAUAUACAGAAAUAUAGAGACGAGAAACUUAAGAAUUUUCGGAAAGGUAUUCAAUCAAUUACUAAUGCAUACGUAAAAAAUCUAGAUAUAGAUAUAUAGAGGCGAAAAACCUUAGUAUUGUGAUGUGUUUGGAAAAUUAAGCACAGAUCUAGCAUUUAAAGUAACUUACAUAAACUCAUGGUGACGCAUUUCAAAUAAAUGCAAAACCGUACAAAUAGCAUUUAAAGUAACCUACAGAAUCUCAUGGUGACGUAUUUCAAACCUUACUAAUGGGAUGUUUGUGGAAAGUCAUUUGGAAAAAGGCAUAGAUGAAGAGCCAUUUGUGGAUACAUAAAGGUUUGAAAGCCUAUACCAGAAUACCUCUGGAAACAGAAUAGAUUGGUGAAAAACUCACAAAUUUGAUUCAACCGAUAAUUUCGCUUGAAGAGGCAUAAAAAGACACAAACAGGCGAGAUACCUUAGUGUUGUAUAGAGACACUUCUUGGCGCUUUUCAAUGAAAAACUUUACAAUAAAAAAAAACUUUACAAUAAUGAUGUUUGUAGGAAGUCAAUUGAAACAGACCUAUACAUAGAGUUUAAAAUUUCAUUUUUUAUGUAAUUGAGAAAUCAAAAAAGAUAGAUACAUCUGGAAAUUUAAAUAAAUUUAACAGUGAUUUGUUCCAUAAAUCUUUUUAAGAGAAAAAUGUCUGGUACAGAUAUGUACACAUAUAAGUAAAGUCCUUGUAAAUUGAAGUAAAAUAAUUUGGCAAGAGUAGUCUGACAUUAAUUAAAAAAUCCUUUUAUGUUACAGUUUAAUUAGCCAACGUUGGCCUUUGCUUACAUAAAUGUUGGAGUUGGUAUUUCUAGAUGAAAAUCUUUGAAAAUAUUUUCAAUUAGUCUUGGUUAAAAAACAAUGAACUCCUUUGUGUGAUGUAAAUUUGAUUGAAAUAUUGCGGAGAAAUUGAAGAUUUUUAUUUUAUCCUAUUUAUGAAAUUUAUUUUAAUAUGAUUGUCCUUAAUUACAUGUUGAUGAAAUGAAUCUUAAAUGCUUUGAUUAGUUGUUCAUGUGUGUAUUUAUUAUUCGAACAUGUACGUAUUUCGUAUAGUAUGAUGCAUAAUACUAGUAUAUUCAUAUACAAUGCAAAUUGUAUCAAUUUAUAAUUGUGUUCUGUAUUGUUUUGCUUUUUCAGUUAAAAUCAGACUAAUAAAAACAUUG